GCUGGGAGCUGUGCAGCAGGACCAUGGAGAGGCAGCCAGCGGUGAACGGCCACGCUGCCCCCAGCUCUGCUGGGCAGGACACGCCAGGGACCAACCACCCGCGCCAGGACGCGAUGCCGGGCGAGCAGCACGGAGCCGCGGGCAAGGACGUGGGCGCUGCCAGCAGGGAGCCCUCGGAGGCGGCGGGCAGCAUCGCGGGCGUGUUGGUAGAGGCUUCCAAGAGGAUCAUGAGCUUUUAUGAAGCCACCAGAGAGCACCUGCUGAGCCUGGACACCGCCCUGUGCCUCCUGGAGGCGCAGGCGGCCACGGGCUCCAUCUCCGACCCGGUGGGCAAGCGCCGCGUGCCCGUGGCAGAGGCCGUGCGCACGGGGCUGGUGGGGCUGGAGCUGAAGGAGAGGCUGCUCUCGGCAGACAGAGCUGCUACCGGCUUCGUGGACCCCUACACGGAGGAGAAAAUCCCCCUGUACCAGGCCAUGCAGAAGGAGCUGCUGGGCAGGGAGCAGGGCGUCCGCCUGCUCCAGGCCCAGAUGGCGACCGGAGGCGUCAUCGACCCGGCCACGGGCGGCCGGCUCCCGGCAGGAGAGGCCUGUGAGAGGGGAUUUUUGGAUGAGGAGAUGAGCCAGCUGGUCUGUGACCCCAGCCACGAGGAGAGCAGAGCGUUCCUGGACCCCAGCACCGCGGAGAAGGUCACGUACGCGGAGCUCAGGAAAAGGUGCCUCGUGGAUCCCGCCUCGGGCUUCCUGCUCCUGCCGCUGCAGAUCACCUUCCCGGGGCUGGCAGGGAGGGUGAGCAGCAGGGCCCUGCUGGACUCUGGCAUCAUCAGUGCCGACGUGUUCCGAGCCCUGGAGGAGGGGAAGGUCUCUGCCCAGGAGGUGGCGGAGAACGACAUCGUCCAGCACUUCCUGCGCGGCUCCAGGAGCGUGGCCGGAGUCGUGCUGCCCUCCGGGGAGCCGAGGAGCCUUUACCAGGCGCUGAGGGAGCAUCUCCUGGUGCCUGGCGCCGCCCUCAUGCUCCUGCAAGUCCAGGCCUCCACCGGCAGCCUGACAGACCCCCUCAAGAACCAGAGCUACUCAGUGGAUGAGGCCGUCAGGGUCGGUCUCGUCGGCCCAGAGCUGUAUGAGAAACUGUCCUCAGCUGAGAAAGCCAUCACUGGGUACAAGGACCCUUCCACUGGGGAAAUGCUCUCCCUGUUCCAAGCCAUCAGCAAGGGCUUUGUGCCCAGGGAUCACGGCCUUUGCCUUCUGGAGGCUCAGCUGGCCACGGGCGGCGUCAUCGCCCCGGGCAGGCACCUGCGCGUCCCCAUGGAGACGGCCUGCGAGUGGGGCUACCUGGACGAGGCCACCAGGCAGCUCCUGUGCAGCCCCCCCGACCACGCCAAGGGCUUCUUCCACCCCGGCUCCCAGGAGAAGCUGAGCUACGCCGAGCUGCUGCAGCGCUGCGUCACCGACCCCAGCACGGGGCUGCUGCUGCUGCCCCUCGCCGGGGACGGCGGGGAGGGAACGCUCGGAUUCUUUGACCACGGGAGCCAGGCAGCUCUGGAGAGCACCCAGGUGCCCAUUGCUGCAGGGAAAUUCAAGGGCAGGUCCGUGUCUCUCUGGAAACUGCUCUUCUCCGACUACAUCCAGGGUGAGCAAAGGACUGAGCUCGCCCAGCGGUUUUUGGCAGGAACUCUCUCCCUGCAAGGGCUGGGGGAGGCCGUCAGAGCUGCCGUUGAGGAGAAGGCUGCUGCUGCUAACGUCACCUUCAAGGGCCUGAGGGACCAGGUGACGGCUGACCAGCUCCUGAGCUCAGAAAUCAUCAACAAAGACUUGUUCAAGAAGCUCAAGGAGGGAGAAACGUCGGCCAAAGAAGUGGUCAGCAUGGACACGGUCAGGAAGUACCUGCAGGGCACAGGGAGCAUCGGGGGGCUGCUGCUCCCCGACUCCCAGGAGAAGAUCAGCAUCUACCAGGCGAAGCGGAAGGGGCUCCUGAGGCCGGGAACGUCCCUGAUUCUCCUGGAGGCCCAGGCUGCCACGGGGUUUGUCAUCGACCCGGCCGCCAACAAGAGAUACUCCGUGGAUGAGGCGUUACGAGCCAACGUCAUCGGCCCGGACGUUUACGACAAGCUGCUGGCUGCAGAGAAAUCCGUCACUGGCUACAGAGACCCGUACUCAGGGGACAAGAUCUCCCUGUUCCAGGCCAUGCAGAAGGAGCUGAUCGUCAGGGACCACGGCAUCCGCCUGCUGGAGGCCCAGAUCGCCACCGGCGGCAUCAUCGACCCCGUGCACAGCCACCGCAACAGCCACCGCAUCCCCGUGGAGGUGGCCUACAAGCGCGGCUACUUCGACAAGAAGAUGAAUUUGAUCCUGUCCGACCCCAGCGACGACACCAAGGGCUUCUUCGACCCCAACACCCACGAGAACCUGACGUACCUGCAGCUGAAGGAGAAGUGCAUCACCGAGCCCUCCACCGGGCUCUGCCUCCUGCCCCUCAACAGCAGGAAGCGGCAGUUCAUCGACGAGGCCACCAGGCAGGUGUUCAGGAACUCCUGGCUGCCCGUCAGGUUCGGGCGCCUGCGGGGGGAGAAGGUCUCCGUGUGGGACCUGCUGAACUCUGAGUACUUCAGCGAGGGGAGGCGCCGCGAGAUCUUCAACCACUUCCAGCUGAGGAAGCUCAGCCUGGAGCAAAUCCGGCUCAUGCUGGAGGAAGAGAUGAAGAAAUGGGCUCCCAUCAAGUUCCCGGCCAUGAGGGGCAACGUCAGCGCUUAUCACCUGAUGGAGACCGGGGUCAUCGACAGGGCCCUGUUUGAGCGGGUGCUGGAGGGGUCGGUGAGCCCAGAGCAGGUUCUGGGCAUGGACUCGGUCCGGCGGUACCUCUACGGCUCGGGCAGCAUCGGGGGCAUCGUGCUCCAGCCAUCCAACCAGAGGAUGAGCAUUUACGAGGCCAUGAAGCAGAACAUCGUGGUGCCGGGGGUCGCCCUGCCCCUGCUGGAGGCCCAGGCUGCCACAGGCUUCAUCAUCGACCCCGUGAACAACCAGAAGCUGCGCGUGGAUGAGGCCGUCAAGGAGGGCGUCAUCGGGCCGGACGUCCAUGAGAAGCUGCAGCACGCCGAAGGCGCCGUGACGGGCUACAAGGACCCCUUCACGGGCAAGAAGAUCCCCCUGUUCCAGGCGAUGAAGAAGGGGCUGAUCGCAGACAAGCAGGCCAUGCAGCUCAUGGAGGUGCAGAUGGCCACGGGAGGCAUCAUCGACCCGACGUGCGGCCACUACAUCCCCCUGGAGUCGGCCCAGCAGCGGGGCUGCCUGGAUGAGGACACCAGCAAGGCCCUUUCCAAGCCCGGUGAUGAGCACAGAGUCUUCUGCCUCCCGGAAAGCAAAGAGAGCGUCACCUACGCCGAGCUCAUCCAGCGCUGCCAGAAGGACGACGCCUCCGGCUUCCACCUGCUGCCUCUGGCCCAGACAGCCGCUCCUGCCUACACCGACGAGCAAAUCCAGCGCAUCUUCAAGGAAACCAUGGUGAAGGAAAGGGGAGUCUCCCUCUGGGAGCUCGUGCACUCAGGGUAUUUCACCGAGGAGCAGAGGGGCGGCUUCACGGAGCGGUUCCGCUCGGAGGAGCUGUCGCUGGAGCAGCUGGUCGCGCUCGUGCUCAGGCUGGUGGGGGAGAUGGAGAUGAAAGCCAGGACCCAGAUCUCCCUGGAAGGCCUGAGGGGCAGCGUCCCGGUGGUCUGGCUGCUGGACACGGGCAUCAUUUCUCAGAAGACGUUCGAAGAACUGGCUCAGGGUGUGAGAACUCCCGAAGAAGUGGCCGCAAUGGAGAGCGUGAAGAGGUACCUGAAGGGCACGGGCAGCAUUGCUGGGGUCUUCAUAGAGGCAUCCAAACAGAAGAUGAGCUUCUAUGACGCCAUGAAAAACAAUCUGCUGCUGCCUGCUGCUGCUCUGAGGCUGCUCGAGGCUCAGGCAGCCACAGGAUACCUGACUGACCCCGCCACCAACCGCAGGCUCAGCGUGAGGGACGCCGUGAGAGCGGAGCUGAUUGGAGAAGAGCUCACCGAGAAACUGCUCCUGGCUGAGAGGGCUGUCACGGGCUACACAGACCCCUACACCGGGAGCUCCAUCUCCCUGUGCCAGGCGCUCAGGAAGGAGCUCGUCCCCCUGGCAGAGGCCGUGCCCCUGCUGGAGGCCCAGCUGGCCACGGGAGGGGUGGUGGAUCCCAUCCACCACCUCCACCUGCCGCUCCAGGCUGCCUGCAGGUACGGCUUCUACGACGAGGAGCUGAACCAAGCCCUCUCCCAGCUGGAUGACAGCACCAAGGUCUUUUUUGACCCGAACACCAAGGAGAACGUGACCUACCAGCAGCUGAAGGACCGGUGCAUUCGAGAGGCUGAGUCGGGUCUGUGGCUCCUGCCGCUGUCGGAAAACGCGACGUUCUGCGUGGAUGAGCAGACCAUGAAGGUGCUGAAAUCUGUGACUGUUUGCGUCAACGUGGGGCGGUUCAAAGGACAGACCGUGUCUGUCUGGGACCUCCUCAACUCCGAGUACUUCUCAGACAGCAAGAGAAGAGAGCUGGUGCAGAAGUACAAAGAUGAGAAGGCUGAAGUGCUGCAGGAAAUCACAACGGUGAUCACCACAAUCAUCCAGGAGACCGAGGCACAAGGAAAGAAGUUUGCAUUCAAGGGCCUGCGGAAAAGAGUGUCCGCCAGCGACCUCUUCCAGUCCCAGCUGAUAGACAAAAAAACCCUCGACGAGCUCAACCAGGGGAAGAAAACCGUCAAGGAAGUCACUGAGAUGGAGUCUGUCCGCAGGUACCUGGAGGGCAGCAAUUUCAUAGCAGGGGUCCUUAUACAGCCAAGCAACGAGAAGAUGAGCAUCUACCAGGCCAUGUGGAAGGGCAUCCUGAGGCCAGGCACCGCCCUGGUGCUGCUGGAGGCGCAGGCGGCCACCGGCUACAUCAUCGACCCUGAGAAAAACAAGAAGUUUUCAGUGGAGGAAGCGUUGGAGGUGGGGCUGAUCGGAGGGGAGAUCUUCGAGAAGCUGCUCUGCGCCGAGAGAGCCGUGACGGGCUACACCGACCCCUACACCAAAGCCCCAAUGUCCCUGUUUGAAGCCAUGAACCAAGGGCUGAUUGUGAAGAGCCACGGCAUCCGCCUGCUGGAGGCCCAGAUCGCCACCGGCGGCAUCAUCGACCCCGUGCACAGCCACCGCCUGCCCGUGGAGGUGGCCUACGAGCGGCUUCUUCGGCGCGGCUACUUCAACCAGGAGAUGAACCAGAUCCUGUCUGACCCCAGCGACGACACCAAGGGCUUCUUCGACCCCAACACCCAUGAGAACCUGACGUACAUGCAGCUGUUGGAGAGAUGUGUCCAGGACCCAGAGACUGGGUUGUACAUGCUGCAAGUCGUAAAGGAGGGAGGGAAGUAUUUCUACAUCGAUGAGUCCACCAAGCAGGCUCUGCGCUCAAAGCCCCUCCAGGUGAGAGUUGGGAAGUUUAAGGACCAAACCGUUUCUGUCUGGGAAGUGCUCUGCUCUCACUACAUCUCAGAGCAGAAAAGGAAAGAGCUGGUGAUGCAGUACAAAAGCAAAACCCUAACGCUGGAAGAUCUGAUAUCCCUCAUCUUAAAAAUCAUCGAGGACACCGAGCGAAGAGGAGAAGCCCUGAAGGUCAAAGGGCUGCGGGGGGAGGUGUCGGUGUCAGAACUGUUCAACUCCGAGAUAAUCGACAAGAAAACCCUGGACCAGCUGCAGGAUGGAAGCCUCACGCUUGCCAGCCUCACCAAGAGGGACUCUGUCCAAAGGUACCUGGACGGCACCGGGAGCAUCGCUGGGGUUCUCCUCCCGCUGAGGAAAGAGGUGAUGAGCAUCUACCAGGCGCUGAAGAAAGGGCUCCUCACAGAGCAGUGUGCGCUGGGGCUGCUGGAGGCACAGGCGGCCACCGGCUUCCUCCUGGACCCCCGGAACAACCAGAAGCUCUCCGUGGACGAGGCCGUGGCGUCCGGGCUGGUGGGCAGCGAGCUGCGCGAGCCGCUGCUGUCGGCAGAGAAAGCUGUGACGGGAUACUCCGACCCCCAGACAGGAAACAAAAUAUCCCUGUUCCAGGCCGUGAGACAGAAGAUAAUCGUCAGGGAUCACGGCAUCCGCCUGCUGGAGGCCCAGAUCGCCACCGGCGGCAUCAUCGACCCCGUGCACAGCCACCGCCUGCCCGUGGAGGUGGCCUACGAGCGCGGCUACCAACCAGGAGAUGAACCAGAGCACCUGGAUGAGGACACGUUCCUGCUGCUUUCGGACCCAGACCACGGCAGCAAAGGCUUUGUAGACCCCAACACUCACGAGAAGAUCAGUUACAGCCAGCUCCUGCAGAGGUGUGCCAGAGACACGGAGAGCGGCUGGUACCUGCUGCAGGUCCUGGAGAAGGAGAAGGAGGGCGACUACUUCUACAUCGAUGAGCAAACGAAAAACGCCCUGCUGUGCACAAAGGUGCAGGUGCCUGUGGGGAAAUACAAGGGACAGGUGCUGUCCCUGUGGGAACUUCUCUGCUCCGAGUACAUCACGGAGGAGAAGAGAAAGGAACUGGUGAAAAAAUACAAGGUGGAGUCCCAACACAUUGUGCAAGGAAUCAUUGAGACAAUACUGAAGAUCAUUAGAGAAAAAGAAGAGGACAGAAGUGAUGUGUGGUUCCAGGGAAUCCGACAGCAAAUCACAGCAUCAGAACUGCUCAGUGCACAAAUAAUUACAGAGGAAACCAUGGAAAAAAUCCAAGAAGGGAAAGAGACAGCCCAAGGAAUAGCACAACUGGAGAGUGUGAGGAGGUACCUCGAGGGAACGGGAAGCAUCGCCGGCGUGCUGGUGCCCUCCAAGACCGAGCCUGGAAAGGUGGAGAAGAUGAGCAUCUACCAGGCCAUGUGGAAGGGCAUCCUGAGGCAGGGCACGGCGCUGGUGCUGCUGGAGGCGCAGGCGGCCACCGGCUUCAUCAUCGAUCCCGUCCACAACCAGAAGCUCUCCGUGGACGAGGCCGUGGCCUCCGGCCUGGUGGGCAGUGAACUGAAAAACAAACUUCAGAGUGCUGAGAGAGCAGUGACGGGCUACAACCACCCCUACACAGGACAAAAGAUGUCCCUGUUCCAGGCCAUGCAGAAGGAGCUGAUCGUCAGGGACCACGGCAUCCGCCUGCUGGAGGCCCAGAUCGCCACCGGCGGCAUCAUCGACCCCGUGCACAGCCACCGCCUGCCCGUGGAGGUGGCCUACAAGCGCGGCUACUUGGACGAGGAGAUGAACCGGACCCUCUCCGACCCCACUGAUGACACCAAGGGCUUCUUCGACCCCAACACUCAGGAGAACCUCACCUACGUGCAGCUGAAGGAGAGGUGCAUCGAGGAUCCCGAAACGGGCCUGUACCUGCUGCCUCUGCGGGAGCCCGAGAAGCCGAAGGUGGUGGAAACCACUCACAUGUACACGGAAGCAGAGACGCGGAAGGUGUUUGAGGAGACGCAGGUGGACAUCCCCGUGGGCAGCCGGGCGGGCUCCUCCAUGUCGCUGUGGGAGAUCAUGCACUCGGACCUGCUGCCCGAGGAGCAGCGCAAACAUCUCAUGGAGGAGUUCCAGUCGGGCCGCGUGUCCAAGGAGCGCAUGAUCAUCAUCAUCAUCGAGAUCAUCGAGAAGACCGAGAUCAUUCGGCAGCAGAAUCUCACGUCCUACGACUACAUCCGGCGCCGCAUCACAGCCGAGGACCUCUACGAGGCCAAGAUUAUCUCACAGGACAUCUACAACCUGCUGAAACAGGGCUCCAAAACCUUCCGGGAGCUCCUGGACGUGGAGACCGUCUGGAAGUACCUUUACGGGUCGGGCUGCGUGGCUGGCAUCUACAUCCCCUCCUCCAAGCAGACGCUCAGUGUCUACCAGGCGCUGAAGAAGGGGCUCAUCAACCCCGAAGUGGCCCGCUCCCUCCUGGAGGCCCAGGCAGCCACCGGUUUCAUGAUCGACCCCACGAAGAAUGAAAUGCUGACCGUGGACGAGGCGGUCAGGAAGGGCGUGGUGGGGCCGGAGAUCCACGACCGGCUCCUGUCCGCAGAGAGGGCCGUGACCGGCUACAGAGACCCGUACAGCGAACAGAAGAUUUCCCUCUUCCAGGCCAUGAAGAAGGAUCUCAUUCCCAGCGAAGAGGCCCUCAAGCUCCUGGACGCCCAGUGGGAACUGAAGCGGGAGUUUAAGCAGGAGCAGGAUCAGGAGCAGGGACAGGAAUGGGAGCAGGAGCAGGAGCAGGGACAGGAAUGGGAGCAGGAGCAGGAGCAGGAGCUGGAACGAUCCCUCAGGUCCCACACGGUCGAGGUGUCGGCCGGCGGCUCCCACGGCAGGAAGGUGUCCCUGUGGGAGCUGCUCUUCUCCCGCUGCGUGCCCGAUCCCCAGCGGGAGGAGCUGCUGAGGGAAUACAGGGCGGGCGCUGUCACCCUUGCGGAGGUGAUCGAGCUCCUCACGGCCCUGGUGGAGGAGGCGGCGCGGCGCAGCGGCAGCGUGAAAUUCGCGGGGCUCAGGAGGCAGGUGAGCGCCUCGGACCUGCUGGACUCGGGCAUCAUCGACACGGGCACGCUGGCCCAGCUGGUGCAGGGCGCCAGGACGGUGCAGGAGGUGACGCAAAUGGCCUCGGUCAAGCGCUACCUGCACGGCACGGGCGUCAUCGCCGGCGUGCUGGUGCCCUCCAAGAGCCAGCCCGGCACCGUGGAGAAGAUGAGCAUCUACCAGGCCAUGUGGAAGGGCAUCCUGAGGCAGGGCACGGCGCUGGUGCUGCUGGAGGCGCAGGCGGCCACCGGCUUCAUGGUGGACCCCGUCCACAACCAGAAGCUCUCCGUGGACGAGGCCGUGGCCUCCGGCCUGGUGGGCAGCGAACUGCACGAGAAGCUGCUGUCGGCCGAGCGCGCCGUGACGGGCUACUCCGACCCCUACACGGGCGACAAGAUCUCCCUGUUCCAGGCCAUGCAGAAGGAGCUGAUCGUCAGGGACCACGGCAUCCGCCUGCUGGAGGCCCAGAUCGCCACCGGCGGCAUCAUCGACCCCGUGCACAGCCACCGCCUGCUGGACCAGGAGAUGAGCCAGAUCCUGUGCGACCCCGAGAACCAAACGCGGAGCUGCUUCGACCCCAACACCCACGAGAACCUGACGUACCUGCAGCUGCUGCGCCGCUGCGUGCCCGACCCCGACACGGGGCUGCUCAUGCUGCAGCUGAUGGACAAGGGCUCCGUGCUGCACCAGCUGAGCCAGGACGCCCGCACGGCCCUGCAGGCCGCCCGCACCACGCUGCCCCUGGGGCUCUUCCAGGGCACCAGCGUCUCCCUCUGGGAGCUCCUCUUCUCCCGCUACGUCCCCGAGCAGCGGCGCCAGGAGCUGCUGCGCCGCUACAAGGCGGGCACGGUCACCGUUGCAGAGAUGAUGGAGCUGCUCACGGCCAUGGUCACCAGGGCCGAGGCCCAGGGCCACGGUGCCAACGUGGCCACCAAAGACACAGAGAGGGAGCUGCUGCCCGACCCCAUGCAGAACGGCAGCGCCUCAAACUCCCAGAAGGAACAGGAACAAAAACGGGAAGAGGAACAAAAAGGGGGCCCAGCCUGGCCCUGGGAUGCUCUGAGGGAGCAGCAGAGCCCCAGCUGCUGCUCCCUGCUCCUCCCUGGGCUCCGUGGUCACCGCCAGGAGAGGAUUCCCCCACAGCCACCCCAAAAACCGCGCGGGGACUCGUGUCUGACCACGGGCCCGGUGUGCUCCUCCCUCCCCAGACACACCCAGCGCCCCACGGCAGCAGCAUCCUCCCCAGGCACGAUGCAGAACACGAGCGGAUGCUCCCAGAGCUGCAAACCCUCCGGGAGCCCCCCGGCCGCAGGUGAGCACAAAGGGAUGGGUGCGGCCGGCAGUAACUUCAUCGCCGGAGUCUUCCUCCCGGCCAGGAAGGAGAAGCUGAGCAUCUGCGAGGCCAUGAGGAGGGGGCUGCUGAGCCCGGGCACGGCGCUGGUGCUGCUGGAGGCGCAGGCGCUCGGGGCUGCUGACGGAGCCUCGGGGCUGCUGACGGAGCCCGCGAGGAACGAGCGGCUCUCGGUGCACGAGGCGCUGGCCCGGGGGCUCAUCGGCCGCGACUUCUUGGAGAAGCUGCUCUCGGCGGAGGGUGCCGUGACGGGGUACACAGAGCCCUACACGGGGCGGAAGAUGUCGCUGUUCCAGGCCAUGGGGCAGGGACUCAUCCUCAGGGACCACGGCAUCCGCCUGCUGCAGGCCCAGCUCGCCACCGGCGGCAUCAUCGACCCCGAGCGCGGCCACCGUGUCCCCGUGGAGGUGGCCUACGAGCGCGGCUACCUGGACCAGGAGAUGAGCCAGAUCCUGUGCGACCCCGAGAACCAAACGCGGAGCUGCUUCGACCCCAACACCCACGAGAACCUGACGUACCUGCAGCUGCUGCGCCGCUGCGUGCCCGACCCCGACACGGGGCUGCUCAUGCUGCAGCUGAUGGACAAGGGCUCCGUGCUGCACCAGCUGAGCCAGGACGCCCGCACGGCCCUGCAGGCCGCCCGCACCACGCUGCCCCUGGGGCUCUUCCAGGGCACCAGCGUCUCCCUCUGGGAGCUCCUCUUCUCCCGCUACGUCCCCGAGCAGCGGCGCCAGGAGCUGCUGCGCCGCUACAAGGCGGGCACGGUCACCGUUGCAGAGAUGAUGGAGCUGCUCACGGCCAUGGUCACCAGGGCCGAGGCCCAGGGCCACGGUGCCAACGUGGCCACCAAAGACACAGAGAGGGAGCUGCUGCCCGACCCCAUGCAGAACGGCAGCGCCUCAAACUCCCAGAAGGAACAGGAACAAAAACGGGAAGAGGAACAAAAAGGGGGGGAGCAGGAGCAGGAGCUGGAACGAUCCCUCAGGUCCCACACGGUCGAGGUGUCGGCCGGCGGCUCCCACGGCAGGAAGGUGUCCCUGUGGGAGCUGCUCUUCUCCCGCUGCGUGCCCGAUCCCCAGCGGGAGGAGCUGCUGAGGGAAUACAGGGCGGGCGCUGUCACCCUUGCGGAGGUGAUCGAGCUCCUCACGGCCGUGGUCACCGGGGCGGAAAGCGAGAACGGAGCUCUGGGCUCUCCCGCAGCCAAAAUCGGCGACGAGGUGAGGGCGUCAGCCCCAGGCCAGGAGCAGCGGUUGAGAAAAUCCCUGAAGUCUGCGAGAGUCCGAGUCACGGCCGGGGAGUUCCGGGGGCGAAACGUGUCCGUGCUGGACCUGCUCUUCUCGGGAUCCGUCCCUCAGGGGGCGCGGCAGGAGCUGCUGGAGCUGCACAGGGCAGGGAUCCUGAGCACCGAGCAGGUGGCCACCGUGGUCACCAACAUGGUCACCCGAGCUGAGGCCGCCAACGUGGCCAGGAGCCCGCACAGGGCAGGGGAGGACGAGGAGGGUGGCCCAGCACGCCUGGAUGAUGCCCUGAAGGCCACCCCCGGGGAGCUGCAGGGCAGGCAGGUGUCCCUGUGGGAGCUGCUCUUCUCCCAGCACAUCCCCGAGGAGAAGCGGCAGGAGCUGCUGCAGCUCUACCGAGAGGGGUUCCUAACGCUGGAGCUGAUGACAACUGUUGUCAGCGCUCUGAUUAGGAAAAAAGAGUCGACAGGCAGGAAAUUCCACGUCACAGUCAAGGGUUCCAAGGGUGACGAAACCCCCAAAGAAGAACCGUGGGAAACAACCCUAAAAACCACCAGGGUCGAUGUGGAGGCUGCCGAGUUUCGGGGCCGCGCGGUCUCGCUCUGGGAGCUGCUGCACUGCCGGUACAUCCCCGAGGAGAGCAGGGAGGAGCUGCUGGGGCUGCUCCGGGCGGGGGAGCUGAGCCUGGGCCAGCUGAGGGCGGCUGUGAGAGCCAUGGCGAGCAGGGCAGCAGCUGCCGCGGCGAGGGCAGGGCCGGGGGAGCCCGGGAGCGAACCAGUGGCCCCCGGGAGUGAUCCCAGGGGAGAAGCAGGGGCCCCUGUGAAUGGUACCAGGGCAGAACCAGUGGCCCCCGGGAGUGGUCCUGGGGCAGAGCCAGUGGCCACAGAGGCCGAGCCCAGCCCCCCGCACCGGGACAGGGCCUGGGAAGGGACCCUGAAGGCCACCAGAGCCCGGGUGUCACUGGGGGAGAGGAACCAGUGGGACCUGGGGGUGGCCACAGGGCAGAACCAGUGGCCCCCAUGA